AUGGUGCAAAUUGGUGGGAGUGAUGGUUUUAUCAUUGCUAAUGUAUAUAGAUCACCUAAUAGUCGAGUAAGUAAGUUUAAAGAAACUAUAGUCGAAUUAUUUGAAGGUUACGUUGAUAAGGGAAAACUUAUUAUAGUAGGUGAUUUUAAUUUAGACGUUGGCAAUGAUAAAGACCGUUAUGCACGUAAUCUUGUCAAUGAAUGUGCAAUGCUUGGGCUCAAUCAAUUGGUUAAUGUGACGACAAGAUCAACACUGAUUAUUAAUAAAAUCGUUAAUGAGAUCGGAUGUGAUACAGCAAAUACUAUAAUUAGUGAUAAUAUUAAUAAUCAGAAGUGGGAAAAAUUUGAUAGAAUUAAAGAAAAUGACUUAGAUAAGAUUAUAAAGAGCUUGGAUGACAAAAAAGGAUAUAAUAAUGAUGUUAAUUCUGUAAUUAUAAAACAUUUAUGGAAUUUUGAUAGAAAUAUAAUACUAAAUAUUAUGAAUAGAUCACUUGAAAAUGGGAUUGUACCUGAUAAUUUAAAAGUUUCUAAGAUAGUUCCAAUACAAAAAAUUAAAGAAAGUAUAAAAAUAACAGACUUCAGACCGAUUAAUACAUUACCUGUAAUUGAACAAGUUCUAGAAAGUAUUGUAAAAUCACAGUUAGAUAAAUUUUUUGAUAAUAAUAAAAUAUUGAAUGAGGAACAAUCUGGUUUCAGAAAGGAGCACUCAUGUGAAACAGCCAUACAGUGCUCUUUGAUAGACUGGAGACAGGAUAUUGAUAAUGGAUUAUGUGUAGGAGUCGUUUUUAUCGACUUCGCAAGAGCAUUUGAAACGAUAAGUAGAAUCAAGUUAUUGUCAAUUUUAAGCAAGUUAGGUAUAGCAGGCACUGUAUUAGAUUAG